GUCAUCGUUGUCUUGGCCAAAACCCUAAACCCCUAGGUACUAGAGGAACAAGGAGAGAACCGUCUCCUUCCCUCUCUCUGCCAAGUUCAAAAGAGAACCCAAAAAAGCAAUGGGAAUUUUCGAACCCUUUAGAGCAAUAGGAUACAUCACAAGCACGGUUCCUUUCUCUGUUCAGAGAUUGGGCACUGAAACUUUCGUCACCGUCAGUGUCGGCAAAGCUUGGCAGAUUUAUAACUGUGCUAAGCUCAAUUUGGUGCUUGUUGGUCCUCAACUGCCAAAAAAGAUUCGAGCUCUUGCUUCUUAUCGUGACUACACAUUUGCUGCAUAUGGGAAUGAUAUUGCAGUAUUUAAGCGUGCGCAUCAGGUGGCAACUUGGAGUAGGCAUAAUGCCAAGGUCAAUUUGUUGCUACUAUUUGGAGAGCAAAUCCUCAGCAUUGAUGUUGGUGGUAAUAUGUUCAUGUGGGCAUUUAAAGGUAUCCAACAGAAUCUUGCUCCAAUCGGACAUGUUAUGCUAGAAGACAAGUUCAGCCCAAGCUGUAUAAUGCAUCCAGAUACUUACCUAAACAAGGUGAUUCUUGGGAGCGAGGAAGGCUCUCUGCAACUUUGGAACAUUAGCACAAAACAAAAGCUGUAUGAGUUCAAAGGCUGGAAAUCAUCUAUAUGUUGUUGUGUUUCGUCACCUGCACUAGAUGUUGUUGCAGUCGGCUGCGCUGAUGGAACUAUUCACAUUCACAACAUUCGAUAUGAUGAGGAGAUAGUUACAUUUAGUCACUCUACACGAGGUGCUGUGACCGCCUUGUCUUUUAGCACUGAUGGACGACCUCUUGUAGCAUCUGGAGGUUCAUCUGGUGUUAUAAGCAUAUGGAAUCUAGAGAAAAGAAGGCUCCAAUCGGUUAUAAGAGAGGCUCACGAUAGUUCAAUAAUUUCUCUACAUUUCUUUGCCAAUGAGCCAGUGCUGAUGAGUUCAUCUGCAGACAACUCCAUAAAAAUGUGGAUUUUUGACACAAGUGAUGGGGAUCCUCGUCUUCUUCGCUUCAGAAGUGGGCACAGUGCUCCUCCACUUUGCAUAAGUUUCUAUGCCAAUGGGAGGCACGUUCUAUCUGCUGGUCAAGAUCGCGCUUUUCGUCUUUUCUCUGUCAUCCAGGACCAACAAAGUAGAGAGCUUUCUCAACGUCAUGUAACUAAAAGAGCUAAGAAACUCAGGGUGAAGGAGGAAGAGAUAAAGUUGAAGCCUGUUAUUGCAUUUGAUUUUGGUACAAUCCUUCUCUACGAGCAUUUUUUUCAUGCAUUAAUGGAUUCAUUUGAACUCGGAAAAAUGAAAAAUGUUGAAAAUAGCAAUUUCAAACUAGUUAUAUCAAAUGUCCUCAUAAUUUUUUUAGUAAUUGCUUUUUGUUUUUUCUUGGGGGUUGUUAUUUUGGCUUCUGUUCAUAUUGCAACCUACAAAUAUGUCUCAGCCAUUUCACUGGACUCUUUUAUCUUAUGCUUCUGAAUGUUUUAUAUUCCUUCCCAUUUAUUCAUUCAUUUCUUAAUCCUGUAUUACUUAUCUUUCCAUUUGUGUACUGCCUAUUUU